AUGUCCUCGAUAGGCCCUCAACUCCCGCCUCACCUAUCCAAGCGCAAGCGUACACCUACACCAGAGGCCGAACCUCGGUCCAAGAAUUCGCGGACCCACGGGCCCUCUCUCCCCGCUGGUCCCUGCUCCCUAGAUUCAGACCCAGACCCAGACUCGGACUCGGAUGACGGCUACGGCCCGGCGGCGGCGACGGCGGCAGCACCGUCCAGACCGAGCCGUAACCGGGAUGAGAUCGGCCUGGACGGCGACGACUCUGACGGCUCUGCAGGACCAGCACCGGCUGCGCCUGCUGCUUCUGCCUCCGCUGCACCCGCCGCAGACCGAGACCCGGACCCGGACCCAGACCGCGACUCCGGCUCAGAUUCCGACUCGGACUUCGGUCCAUCCCUGCCGUCCUCGAAGCCCCAGAUCGGCCCGUCCCUGCCCCCGCCACCGACGUCGGGAGAGGGCGACGCCCCCCGCCGCGACGAGUGGAUGCUCGCCCCUCCCACGUCGGGGCCCUUCUCCGAGCGCGACCCGACCAAGAUCCGCGCGCGCAAGUUCGCCACCACGAAGCCCGGCCGUCCCAACCCGGGCGACAUGGGGAAGGGGCAGCAGCCGAGCUCGAUGUGGACCGAGACGGCGGAGGAGAAGCUGCGGCGGCUGCAGGAUUCCGUCCUGGGACGCACGCCGGCGGCGCAACCCGGUUCCGGUCCUGGACCGGGGACGGCGCCCGACAGGGAGCAGGAGGAGCGGAACCGUCGCAUCUCGGCCAACGUCGAGGCCUCGAGGGGCAGGAGCCUCUACGAGGAGCACAGCCACAAGAGGAGGGACGGGAGGAAGGCCGGCGCCGUCAGGGAGAAAGAGGACGACGAUCCUAGCAAGAGGGGCUUCGAUAGGGAGAAGGACAUGGCGUUGGGCGGCACGCUAGGCGCCGCCAAGCGGAAGGAGUUGCUGGAUAAGUCGGCCGGGUUCGGCGGGAGGUUUUCCAAGGGGUCAUUCCUGUAG